GAUUUCCGCUUCAGAAAUAUUUCAGAUGUAGACUCUCUCCUUUCCCACCCUACCUCCUUAGCUGAAGCCCUUGCCUUUCUUCUGAGACUAUUGCAACAGACCACCAACUUCUGACAUUGGGCCCUUUCCAAUAAUUAUUUUUUUAUGUGAAAAAUCUAAAACCAAGACAGCUACAAGAACAAUACACAAAUCCUCUCCUUAAAAACUUCAGGUCCUUCCCCAGCCUGCAAAGUAACAAGCUUCUCAUGCAGGCACUGGCGGGUCGGGCGGGGGGGCGGUGAUCUCCACAUGAGGGUCGUUUUGGCGUUUUCCUCUGCUGAAGCCUGGGCUUUGGCCGUACCGCGCUGCUCUCUCAACAUCGUUCUGGAAGGUCUGGCCUUGAUGAACAAAUUCCUUUCUGGACCUCUUACGAAGGCAAGUCCGAGGACAAGCCCCCAAAAGGAUCCGUCCCAGACCUUGUUCCAAUAACUCCUUCCCCGAAGCUUUGCAGGCACAUGGGCCAGCCCAGUCCUGCUGGAGAUCUGGGGCUCUGGUUCCCACGGUCUCUUCCUGCCUCCCGUUUUCGGGUUAAUUCAAGCCACAGGGACUGAGGACUGGUUUAAGUCACAAACAACCCACAUGCCUUGGAGAUUACGGUUCAUUAGAUUGUUUGCCCAAAUAAAGUCGUACUCUGCAGUUUUUAGACAAUCCUAUAAGCAUCUCCUAAGCACGCAGUGAGACAUUUAAGAGAUGUGUUACUUUCUUCACAUACAUAAAUCAUUUUCAAUAAAAGUCAAUGUGUGAAUAAUUUAUUUUCUCCCCCGAUUGGAAGCCAACCGUUUGGAAAACCACUCAGAAGAGCUGAGGUAAGCCUCUUGCUCAAAAUUACUUUUAAAUAUACAAGGAAAAGAGGAAGUUUUCUUCUUCUCCUUGAGUUUUGCUGAAAAUCGAGAGCUUUAUCUAAUAGUUUUGGCAUUCGGGGUCAUUUUUCAUGAAAAGGUUAAAAGGCACGUGGAAUCCGAGUCUCCACGGAUUACCCAGCAGUGAAGCGUGGGCGAUUCUGCUCGGAGGAUUUGUGUGGAAUCCAACUUUUGGGGGUAAAACAAACACAAAUAUUCCUCCCCCAGGGGGCGGGGCGGCGCCCGGGGGAUGCACCAAUCACAGCGCGCCCCGCCCUAUAUAAGGCCUUGAGGCCCCCCCUGCCACGUUUGACGCUUCUCGGUGGUCCCCGUCGGUUUGUCCUCGUGAGAUGUCUGAGACCGCUCCGGCAGCCGCAGCUGACACUGCUCUGGCUUCUAUGGAGAACCCUCCAGCUAAGAAGAGAGGGAGGAAGCCGGUGGGCUUGUCAGGCGCUAGUCGCAAGGCCCCGAGCUUGUCCGUGUCCAAGUUGAUCAGGGAGGCUCUCUCCGUGUCCCAGGAGCGAGCAGGCAUGUCCCUGGCCGCGCUCAAGAAGGCGCUCGCGGCCGCCGGCUACGACGUGGAGAAGAACAACAGCCGCAUCAAGCUGGGCCUCAAGAGCCUGGUGAGCAAGGGCACCCUGGUGCAGACCAAGGGCACCGGCGCCUCGGGCUCCUUCAAGCUCAACAAGAAGGCCCUUCCUGAGACCACCAAGAGCAAGGUCAAAAGACCCUCUUCUGCAAAGGCAAAGAAGCUGGUCUUAUCUAGGGAUUCGAAGUCGCCGAAAGGUGCCAAGACCAACAAAGCCAAGAAGCCCAGGGCAACAGCAGCGCAGAAAGCGGCCAGGAGCGGCGGGAAGGCGAAGGGAGCCAAGGGCAAGCAAGCACGGAAGAGUCCGGGGAAAGCCAGAGCAGGGAAGCCGAAGGCCGGGAAGUCCAAGCUGAGCCAGCAGAAAACGAACCCGAGGAAAGUGGCGUCCAAGAAGUAAGCUGAAAGGAGCUCUAUGGUCAACCCAAAGGCUCUUUUAAGAGCCACCCCAAGUACUUUAAAAAGGGCUUGACACUGAACUUUUAGAAGCUUGUAAAUGUGUGAACAGUAGUGGUCUAUUAAGUAAAUUCUAUUGCAGGAAAUACUAAGGGUCUCGUCAGAUAAGGUGCUGUAGAUCGGCACCUUAAGGUUUCAAUAUUGGAAAAUCCUCGUGCCUCAUCUAAAAGCAGUUUGCGCACUGGAGUACCAGUACGGCACACGGCCAUGUGUACCCGCCAUACUUCUCUGGAAAGACUAACGUGUUGGUCGAGGGAGGAGUGGAGAUCAGCUCGGCACAAACCUAGCUGACUUUCCAAGUGCUUACAUUCCAGUUGACCCUAUUACAUGGUGCCACUGUAACUAGGGUUUCAGAACUCACUGCACAGCUUUGUGGGUCAAUAAUAUAUAGGAAUUGUAACAAAAUUUGGAUUGGGGCAAUUUUAAAUCUUUGGAGUUUUCCAUUUAUUUUUUAAACAUUUAUUUGAGAGACCAAGCACCAGCAUGGGGAGGGGCAGAGGGGGAAUCAG